AUGGCUGGAGAAUUAAUCCGUCUCGAUAAUAAGCACAUCUCCGUUGAUCAAAUGACAAUGUCUGUAGAUCGGGUGUUGCAAUGCUACAUCCGUAAUAUGUUUGGUCCUCUAUCAUCGUUGAUCGAGAAUUACUUGCGAAAAGCGGGAUUUUGGCACGUGGCCACGAUAUGCCGGGGGUGCAAGUUGGACCCGAAACUAAUCAGUGCAUUGAUAGAGAGGUGGAGACCCGAGAUGCACACUUUUCAUCUUCCAUGCGGAGAGUGUACUAUCACUCUAAAAGACGUGCAUUUGCAAUUGGGAUUGCCGGUGGAUGGGUACGCAAUCACUGGGUCCGCAUCAUCUACUGAUUGGGGAGCCAUAUGCUACGAGCUUUUGGGUGCUAUACCGGAUAAAAUUAACGGAGGUCGAAUCGAGAUGGGAUGGUUACGAUACACAUUCCCGGAGCCGGAUAAUGAUGUGACUGAACUCGAAAGAAUACGAUAUGCUUGGGCAUAUAUUCUUGAGAUAAUUGGAGGUUAUUGGAUGCCGGACUUGUCAAGAAACCUCAUACAUCUGAGAUGGCUGCUGAAACUCGUAGAUUUUAGAGCAGCCGGUGAAUUGAGUUGGGGGUCUGCCGCGUUGUACGGGGCGACGCGACCGAACAAAGCCAAAAUAGGAGGCUGCCUAUCACUACUGCAAUCAUGGGUCCCAUUGGUGAACUAUGCUACCGUGGAGAUGCACCAGCUAGAUAGAGUAUUGCGACAAUUUGGAUUCCGACAACCGAUUCUCGUGGCACCCGAAGUGUUUGAUGACGAGCACAAAGUCAAUUUACGACAACUGCAUACGAAUUGGCCUAGAUUCUGGUCACACUAUAUCUAA